AUGCAAAUAACUACCACGGAUUUCCGCGUCUUUAACGUGUAUAUGUUCAUAAAAUGGCUGACGGUUGUAGUAAUUCGCACCUUUUUCACAAAGGUGACGAUUAUCAACGAAGAACGUCUACCACUAUUCGGUCCAGUCAUAUUGGUCGGAAAUCAUAACAACCAAUUUAUGGACGCCGCUACUUUAAUUUAUGCAGUUCCACGUCAAAUUAGUUUCUUGAUGGCUGCAAAGUCUCUGGCGAGACGUAUGAUUGGAAGUUUGGCACGUCUAGCAGGAUGUAUUCCCGUACAUCGCCAAGAGGAUUUGAAGUAUAGCGGUGUAGGCAAGAUCGUUUGGAAUGACAAUGAGACCACAAUACGUGGAAUAAACACACAUUUCACAAUGGACGUCACACCUGGUGACAAGCUCUACUUUGUAACUGAGAAAAUCAAUGUUCAAGCUGUUCACUCGGAUACAGAGAUAACCUUGCAACGCCCAGUGUCGCGACCAUGUAAAGACAAGGAAGAAGGUGAAGAAUUCUGGAUUCUGCCCAAGGUCGACCUUUCAGAUACUUACGAUGCAGUAUCCACUGCGUUAAGGUUCGGCAACUCUAUCGCAAUUUUCCCUGAGGGAGGCUCGCAUGAUCGAACCAAUCUGUUACCUUUGAAGCCAGGUGUAGUACUGAUGGCAAUAUUUUCAUUGCUGGAAGGAGCUGAAGAUAUCGUCAUCCUCCCAGUCGGCCUUGCAUAUGGUGACAGCCAUGGGAUACAAUCCAACGCCACUGUAUAUUAUGGUACCGGUAUUACAAUUUCGAAGCGCGAUGUCGAAGAGUUCCAUUUCGAUCGGCAUACAGUGGUAAACCGUAUUUUAGGUGUUAUUGAGAAGGGGUUGAACAACUGCAUGAUUACUGCUCCUAACAAGGACAUUAAGGGGUGGAUCGAUCUCUGUGGUAGUUUGUAUCCCCCAGAACGCAGUAUGAUACCUAUGAAUAAAGCCUUCGAGCUAAGAAAGAUACUUUCUAAUAUAUUCUGGGAGCAUGGAGAGGACAACAGGACGAAAGAGUUGAUUCAAAAACUUGCCGGAUACAAGGAGAUGCUUAAAAACAGCUUCUUACACGACGACGAAGUAUGGUUACUGAGACAAUCUAUACAUUCGGCGACACUAUUGUUUGUAGAACAGGCCAUCAUGUUGGCAUGCUACAGCUUCCUAGCAUUAUCGUUCUUCCCUCUGUGGUUCCCGUUGCACACCAUUUCCAAGGCUCUGGCUGAACAACAUCGUAAGAAGGCGCUAAAGGCCUCUGUGGUGAAAUUAGAGGGUGCUGAUGUUGUUGCAAGUUACAAGUUCUUGGUUCUUAUGGUAAUCACACCUUUGUUCAACUUGGGAUACGGCCUGUUGCUUGGUUUGUACCUAAGUCGCGAUCCAAGGCAAAUCGCUAUAAUAGUGGUUUGUUGCAUGUGCAUAUUGCCACUACUCUACUACAUCAAUUUACGCUAUUUCAAUGAACUACCUAUGCUACUACGUCAAAUACGCGUCUUACCCUUGAUUUUGCUAGGCAAGGUCAACGUCUGGCGUGAGAACGAGAGGGAGCUCAUUACAACACGCACAGAACUACAGCUGUUGGUACGUACGUUUGUACACGAGAUUGGCCCCAAGGUAUCCAAUACCUUCAUGGACGAGCUGAACGCCAUCAUGCCAAGGGUAAUGAUUGAUGCGGACACCAGUAGACUAAUGAAAAGUAAGAGCCAAUGGGUCCCCAUUUUCGCUAGGAAUUACUACUCGGAAAGCGGGGAGGAGAUUCUAUGA